CUCUCGCUGUGAGACGCGACGAAUUCCAAUAUCGCACACCGUCAACGCAGGCGUAUCAGCGUACCGAUACGCUAUUGUGUAACUACAACAACAUAUCUAAGCUUUGCGGCGCUACAUCGAACUGCUCGGGGCGCGCGCGCAGCGAACAAGGGGCAGCCCCAGCCGAGGCGUCACGCGAGCGCUGCCACUCGCUUCCGAGGCUGCGACCAAGCUGCGACGUCGGCGGGCGAUCCGGGCGAUCUCGCGAGCAUCGGUGGAGUCAGCUGACACGGCUGGUCACGUGCGCCACCGCCCUCCCUCCGCUCGGCCGGCUCGGCGCCAGGAGCCACCUGAGCCACCGCUCAAAAAGUAUGAAAACAACACGGCCAAGUCCUUUCCUGUUCACCGACGAGAUGACAACAUUCCAGCUGCUGUGCUGCUUCUUGCUGAUGGCAACAUCAGGCAACGCUUUGGAGUUGGUCACGUCGACGCGGGACAUGCUGAUCCCUCUCGGGAGCCAAUCUGGAUUCUACGUUCACCUCGACCAAGCGUCGAACGAGAGCGUUGAGGUGCACGCGGCCGUAAAAGAGGGAUGCAGCGCGGUCACUCUGCCUGGGCCAGCGUGGAUACCCGUGGUGGGAACCGAACCCGCCUGGAUCAAUGUCACGGCUGUAGGAGCUGGACACGCUACCGUCACGCUCAACACAUCGCUGCCUAAUGUCAGCACGGCCGACUCGUUCGUCCACGUCGAAGUCUUCAAACUAGGCUGGCUGGAGACCUUGAGCGACGUUGUGGGCUGGAUCUACUUCUUGGCCUGGUCCGUAUCUUUCUACCCACAGAUCUACCUCAACUGGAAGCGAAAGUGCGUUGAAGGACUGAGCUUCGACUUCGUUGGGCUCAACCUGACUGGAUUCCUGGCCUACUCGUUCUUCAACCUGGGCAUGUACUUCAGCCGCGUCGUUCAGGAGGAGUACCGUGAGCUGCACCCGACCGGCGUCAUCCCGGUGGAGUUGAACGACAUCGUUUUCGGCCUCCACGCUGCGCUCGCCACCUUCAUCACGGUCGUGCAGUGCUGCAUCUACGAGCGCCGGGGUCAAAUUGUCUCGCUGCCGGCGCGGCUGCUUCUGGCCGUGGUGUGGGCGGGAGCCGCGAUCUUCGGAGUGGUGACGCUUGCCGCGGGAAGUCACUGGAGCACCCCGUGGCUAUUGUACCUGUACUACUUCUCCUACUGCAAGCUCGUCAUCACGCUCACCAAGUACCUGCCUCAGGCCUACCUCAACUACGUGAGGAAGUCCACGACAGGAUGGAGCAUCGGCAACAUCCUGCUCGACUUCACCGGAGGAAGCUUGAGCCUGCUUCAAAUGUUAAUAAUCGCCUACAACUACGACGACUGGACGUCGCUGUUCGGCAACGUGGUCAAAGUGGGACUCAGCCUGAUCAGCAUGGCGUUCGACGUGCUCUUCAUCCUCCAGCACUACGUCCUCUACAGGAACGGCAGGGUGGAGAUUCCAGACCACCAAGACAGCUAACGCCGCUGUGUUAUAGCCACGAGGUUCCCUAUCGGGGCAUUACGCGUGGAUACCGAUGUUCCUCGGCCACGACCGGCGCGUAUCGCGGCGAUCUUAAAGCGCGGGUUCAGAGUUUGACCGCUUCGGAGGCGUACUAGUCCUAUCGAAUUAGAUAUUCCGGAAACAUGAUAACCCAUAGGAAGCCGGGAUUCAGGCACAGGUGAAGUCCCUCCGUUUUAGAUCGAACCCAUACAUACCCUCAUUCGCAGUUCUUAUCACUUUUUCGCGGCUUCAAUUAUCUCUGUCAGUGGGAACUUGGAUGCGACGGUUCAGCUUCUGGGCCCGUAUUCACAAAAGCGUCUUGCGCUAAAAAUUUUUCGUGAGAGAAUAUUUCAGCCAAUCACAAUGUUUGACAUAUCAUUAGCGAAGCCCGCUGAACGAUGGGAUAACGCAGUUACGAAAGAGAAGUUUUGUGAAUUAGACCCCUGAGUUCGUGUUCGCAAGAUUGCGCAAGUACUGUCCGUGAUCGACUAUCGCCGUUUCGAUCGUCGUUUUAUUAUCCCCGUCGGCGGUCGCUAGUGGCAGUUUGCCCAAGGACCGACUAAUUAAGAAAGAUUUCUGCGCAAGAGAGAGAUCACAGUUGUGGCUCCGAGCGCGCGCUUCUGCCGUGUUAGAGGCAAUAAAGCUCCAUGGAAUGAUACGACCCCUCGUUGAGCGUUCGAUCGGCGUUUCUCGUGCAAACAAACGAACACGUGUACAUUUAAGGAUAAUACAUAAGGACAGCAUCAUAUACCUGCAUUCCCCAUUACUUCGCGCUGGGAAAGAGUAUAAGAUCGCUCGCCGGAAUGGCACAACAGGGCUUGCACGGCAGACAAAGGGUUUGCAGGAAGAUUAAGACGAAGUGGUCAGCAGUGGGCGAUCGAGGGAGGCGUCAGACCGGAGCCACUGUUCAGACAAGGAAAUCCGUAUGCUUUAAGGUUUCCAUUGCUUACGCGAGGGCGUCCCCUAAGAAAUUAACGGCAUAGGGCCACAAUUGUGUCAAUUGUUUCGGUGUUCCCUUUGAGUUCGUGAGCGGAGAAAAGUAGUGCAGAUGUUUCAGACAGUACACAGUAGCGCGAACAUUCAUGACGUGAGCGUAGCAUAUAUAAGCAGAACUUGCACGAGCCAAAACGCAGGGAACAACAACUCGUGCACAUGAAAGGUUGGCGCUAUAUGCAAGUACACACUGCGAAAGCAGUAGUUGUGGAUUGCCUCGCGAUGCCGCUCGCGGUAUACGGACGCACUGCCAUGCCAACUGAGUUUAGCCACAGGAUGCUGAACUUGUAGAGCGUGUGCCUACCUAUGACUGGAUUUCCAAUGUGCCAAACUCCUCGGGUGUAUCGUUAAAACGCAGUUCAUCAUGUGCAUGUGGCAACUGUUGUACAUAGUUACUAACGGAUGUCAAUUUGUGGUCACCGGCCUGCGCCUGUCACCUUUACGAUGCUCGGCAUAGGCUAAGGAUUGCAUGUAAUGUACUGUGGCUUUCCGCUACACGACCUUUCAUUGUUUCGGUACUAUGGAGUGCUGUAACGUAGCGGUCGCGUUGCCGACAUCUUGAAGAGGUCCUGCCAUGGUACAAAGUGUAUCUCACCUUAUACACGUCGCUACUGUGAUUCCGACUAGAAUGAUGCCUCAACUAAGUGGUGACUCCUCAACGAAAAAAAAAAAAAACUGAAAACAACAACAAUAAUGUGUGCCUUCUGAAGUGGUCACGGAACGUGACUUCAGCAGGCAAUGUGCAGCAGUUCAUUCGUUCUUCGCUACUCCCUCGGCCUUAAAGCUUAAGUCGAGGGCACGUCGCCUAAAGCUGAUGACUUGCCUUUAAUCAAGGUUCAUAUGAAAGUAUGUGCGUGCUUGUGAAAUAAAAGUGAAUGUGCAUGUGUGAU